UGUGUUGUCCUUCAUUCAUCAAGGUUUCUCAUAUUCUAUGUGCAUGGAUAAUUCAUGGGAUACUCUUUCAGUGUCUGUUCUAUCACAGAACUGCCCUGAAACAUUUUAUGAGCCAGAACACUCUGCUUAUCUGGCAGUGGAACUCUGUUUGGCGUACCUCUACAAAGCGUUUCAAAGUACCAAUGCCAUAUCUCUGGAUAACUCCUUGGAGGAUUUGAUAUCCUCAAUAUUUGUCACAGCAAAAUCCAUUGUGAACUGUUUUCAACCAAAGGCCAGUAAGAUGUAUCAGACUAUGAAUGCAGAAGCAACUAGUAUCUGCGGCAUUAGCGUUUCUUUUAAUUGGUUACAAGGGAAUCAGAGAAGUCCCAACUGACUUCUGCUUCUCCAAACUUGAUGAAUAUUUCAAGUACACGAGUCUCUUAUUGAUAAGAUUUAUUGAUGGUUCAAGAAAUAAUUGGGUUGCAAUUAAGUACUAAAAAACUUGAUUCAGAAAGGCACAAAUGCGGAGGAUGAAACUUUCUUAAUGCUUUUUGUUGGGGAACUUGCUAGU